UUGGCACUGUAGGUGAACGAACGAGCAACGCUAGAAGAGCUCCAGCGUCACCCGUGGCUCCACCCCACCUGCUUAGAACAAGCCUUGACAGGAAGUCAGAACACCUCGGGAGGUGGGGCUAAUGGGACUUGUGAAUCAGAACACGGGUCAUCCUAACAUCCUGCGGCUCUACGAGUGGUUUGAUGCCCCAGACCGCUACGUGAUGGUGCUAGAGCGUCCUGACCCCUGUAAGGACCUGGUGGAUUUCUGCUACACCCAGAACAAAGUGAUGGAUGAACAGCAGGCCGGGGCAGUGAUAGACCAGCUGCUUCACGCCCUCCUGCACUGCCAGCAUGCAGGAGUGUUCCAUCGGGAUGUGAAACCAACCAACAUCCUGAUAAACACGGACACCCUGCGUGUCAUCCUGAUUGAUUUUGGGUGUGGAACUCCCUGGACGGACACGCCUCUCAGUUCCUUUGCAGGUGCCCCUGAAUUUGCACCUCCAGAGUGGUUUGCGGAGGGGCUGUACCAGGCUGGGCCCUCCACAGUGUGGUCCCUUGGGGUCACAGUGUUUGCCAUCGUUUGUGGCUACCUGCCAUUUAACCCGAACGAUGGCCAUGAGAGCCUGAGCAGAGUCCACUUCCCUACAGGGCUGUCCUCAGCCUUGACAGGAAGUCAGAACACCUCGGGAGGUGGGGCUAAUGGGACUUGUGAAUCAGAACGUGGGUCAUCCUAACAUCCUGCAGCUCUACGAGUGGUUUGAUGCCCCAGACCGCUACGUGAUGGUGCUAGAGCGGCCUGACCCCUGUAAGGACCUGGUGGAUUUCUGCUACACCCAGAACAAAGUGAUGGGUGAACAGCAGGCCAGGGCAGUGAUAGACCAGCUGCUUCACGCCCUCCUGCACUGCCAGCGUGCAGGAGUGUUCCAUCGGGAUGUGAAACCAACCAACAUCCUGAUAAACACGGAGACCCUGCGUGUCAUCCUCAUUGAUUUUGGGUGUGGAACUCCCUGGACGGACACGCCUCUCAGUUCCUUUGCAGAUUUGCACUGGAUGGGCCAGAGAAUGCACUACUCUGCCUCGGUGAAGACCACCUCCAGGACCAUGAACCCAAUGUCCUCGUGGGAUGGAUAAUAUAACGUUGAGGCAGACUGUGACGUAUCCACGUGUCGGUGCCAAACAGAAACUAAGCAGCUCAAGUCUCUUCAUCGUUGUUUAAAUUUCGGCAUGGCAGAGAUGCCUGUCCACCCCUUCGAGGUCCGCCAGGAUUCAUUCCACACCUGCGGGUCAGGGAACUGUGGGUCCUGUUCCACGGUAUAAACAGGACUGUUACUACAGCCAUGAUCAGACGUGAUCCUCAUCAGGUGCGUCUGUGUAGCAUUAAUGGUGUCCGGAGACCGGAGACGUCUCCUUGUUUCCUUACAGAACAGGCAGCUCUAUACUUCCGAGCAGUAAAAGACUGGUAUUUGUUAUUUCUGGGAGCAAUGUAAUUAUCAUUCAAGUUUAGACAUACAGACCCCUUUAAUCGCAGUGAAACACAGAUGAGUGUCUGGAUGAGCACUGAUGUGCUUUUCUUCUUCAGCAGCAGUGUGAAGGAAGAGUAGGCCUACUUCCAGCACCCCGUUCUUCAAAUAUCGAGUAAUACAGUGGUUUUGUCUGUGAAAGUAUGUUAAAUAUAAAAUUUCCAUUGUUGGUAAUGAUUAUACAUAUUUUUUGUAACUUUGUGAACUAUUAAGACUAUUAAGAACUAUUAAGUUAUUAAAGGAUGUGGGACUUGCUGCUAAAAUGAAUUAAACAAGCAUUGGAUCUUGCAGACCUGGGUCCUGGGUCAGAAAUUCGAAAGGCAUUAGCCUAACUAUUCUGACAGAAAGAAAACUUCUGGAGAUUAGCGACACCUUCUGAGCUAAACAGACAGAAUUCACAAACAAUUCCACAUGUUCAUACAAUUAAGCCCCACAUUUAGGGGAUUUUGCAUUUUUCCUUCUACAUUUUCUUGCUGAUUAAAUCAUCACAAAUGGUCAAUAAUUCUCCCCAUUGAACAUUUAGGGUAAACGUCCCUAUUAAGCCCACCAA